UCGCUUCCUAUCUGCAACAACCAACAGUGCCAAGAGAAGCCUGCAGAGAGCGCCCGCACAACACAAGUCCCCUCCUGGGCUCCUAGCGUCCUCUUCUCUCUCCCCCUCCUGGCCUCCUCUCCGUUCUCCAGUCGCCCGAUUCCAACACAUGGAUCAUCUGCCAUCAUGCUCUGGUUCACUACAUCAGUUUUAAUUUUGUUCGAUUUUGGAUUUGGUUUAGGAAGGGUUCACAGGACUGAGAGGAAACUCACAGUUCAGUAGUCAUAUCUGAGCAAGAGUUCCACCUGUGGCUUUUGUUCUCAAGCAAUUGUCAAUGUUUGUUCAUGGGAUCAUGGGAUGUGACCAAGGCAUUUAGUGAUCCCGUCAAGAUUCAGCAAGUCAAGAAGAAUUGGAGGUAGCAGUUAUACUAGGAGAGAGAAAUUCCCCCCUCUUUUCUGUUUCUUGCAUUUAUUUUGGGCUUUGUAAGUAUAUGUGCGGAAGUGAGGAGGCAUCCGAGAUUCAAAGGGAGGACAUGCAUUCCGGUACAAGGCGAGAGGAGAAUUGAGUUUGAAUUCUCUUGCGGGCGUGGAGACAUGAAGAACGGCAGCGGCGGCGCCUCCGCACCCAGCGCCGGCGGCGGCAGCCUGGCGAUCGCCGAGCGGCAGAAGCCGACGCCAUCGUGCGUGGCGGCGCUGUUCCAGAUGUUCGCCAGGAGGAAGCUCUUCUCCUCAUCCUCAAAGAAGAGCAAGCUACUCCCCUCAGUGCGCGCACAGAAGUUCUCGCCUGGGAGACCGGCGAGCGGCGGCGAGAAGACGGCGGCGGCCAAGAUGAGGCCCCUUUUGCUUGAUUCUGCAGAUUACUCAAGGAGCAAAGUUGAAAGCAAUGGCACCAGUCACUACCCACAGCCUGGCCAAGACAGAAACUGCAGUGAGAAUGAAAUGUGUGCUCCAGGAGUGGUAGCCCGGCUGAUGGGUCUCAGCUCGAUGCCGACAGUGAACCAUCUACGGCCGACCAAAGCCGCAGACUCCACCAAGCUCGGGGACCACUGGAAUUCAGGCCCUCAAGAUUGGUCCGGUACAUCUCGGAGCAUAUACACAUCGCCUCAGAAGCAACAGAAGACAGGGCAGGUCUUAGAUGAUCGGCGGCAGGACAAUGGAAGUCAGUUCAAUGCUCCAGAUACACGGCCAUUGUGGCCACGAAGGCAUGCACACAAGGUGGCCUCACCUAUUAAGAGCCCAAGGUCGAUGUCCAGCAGGAACAAGGCUCGGCUGAUUGAAGCAGCAGUCAAGGUUCUGGAACCUGGGUUGCAAUCAAGGACUCGCCGUCUCUCACGGCGACAUGCAUAUUUGGAGUAUCCAUGCAGCAGUGAUGAUGGUGUGCCUGGUGCUGCUGCUGUCUUGCAUAAUUUGUCUGAUCAAUUCUUAAGGGAUGUGUCUGAUGUCGAUGCACAAAGAUUAGGUGCUCACAACAUGGAGGCUACAUCUCUGCACAACUCAACCUCUAAUAAGUGGAUUGAAGAGGAUACUAGCAGAAAUACUUUUCUGUUUAGGAGGUCAGACCAGAAUGUACCGUGUCAAAUUCAACCUGAAGGAAAUGGCUCGAGUGAGAAACCUGCGUUUGAGGACAGGGCUAAGAGGACCUCCAAUUGUGCUGCUGUUACAAAUAGAAAUAGAGAUGCCCGAAAAAUUCAUCCUAGGAACAGAUCCCGGGAGAGCGCUUGUCGUGGCCCUCUUAAGCAAAACAACCUGAAGCAGAAUACACUACCUGCAGCUUGUAGAGAGGCAGAUCCAGGAUAUAUGGUCCAAAGGAAUCAACAUAGAAGUAGGGAGCAAAAUGCGAUAAACACAGCCCAGGACUUUGUUUCUCUGAACAAAAGGAUGAGUGACAGUAAAUCUUUGAGGUCAAAAAGAAAGGAGUUGGAUAGAUUUGGUGAGUCUCGUACUAAUGUAGAGAACAAGAACAUGACCAUAAAAGGUCGUCAAAGCAGCAGCAUGCAUAGUGAUACUUCUAACAAACUGAAGCUAAAGACUGUAACUGUAACGCCAAAAUCUAUGGAGAAAGAUAUAAUAAUUGCAAAAGGAGCAGGAUUGGUCAGUGAGAAGCCGAAGUCUGCCAGUCAAAACUGUGCAAGGAGUGAUUUCCAGAGACAGUCAGUUCCAUGCAACGUUUCGAGGGGUAACAAGAAAUCAGGCAUUAUUUCUUCCAAUUUCAGCUCACCAGUGAAAGUUGAUGCCACUUCUUUGUGUGGUGACAAUGCUACAAGAAUGGGUACCGUUGUUCAGGGAUCUCCAGUCAGUGCUUGCUCUAAGAGACACUCUCGUAGAGACUGGCAAAGAGGAUUAGUUUCCAGGGAAGUAUUACAAGGCAUAUCAAGUCUGGAGGCCACAGAAUCAGUUUUCUUUAACCAAGAUGAGUUGAAAAAUAGAGAUAUUCCUGGUGGUAGACCAGCCUCUUCUUUGUUUGAAAAGAAGUGGGCUGUACGUGUUACAGAAGAAUCUUUGAGUGAUGCGCUGCUACACCAGCGCAACUCAGUGGAUACUGUGACUUAUGGCUUCAGAGACAAUUCUAAACGGGUCCAGAUGUGUGAAACUCGUAAGAAGCAUGAGGCUGAUGCAAAAUGUUGCAGUCCAUCUCCAUCUAUAUCCAGAGGUAGCAAUAAGAAAACCCAUACAUCUACUCUGCAAUCUACAUAUGCGGAUGACGCCUUUGUUCCAUGUAUUCCCCUCAAAACUGCAGAAGCCGCCUUCACCGACUGCCAUCCAACAGAGACAUGUACACCGGCUGCUAGCAUGCAAGAUGCAACUACAGAGAGCAACCCCAGGUGUUCCGAGCCCAACUUUGGCCAGCACGGUGCUCAACCGUUCGAGCUGGAAGUCCAAGACGGCAAGCUGAAACACCCUGAAGAGGUUACAACAACCGUCGAGCUGCUGCUAACAAACGUCCGCUCUUCUACUCGACAUAAAUCAAAGGAGACGUCCAGGACGUUCCUCCUCCGGACAAUUGAGUCUGCUCUGUCCACCUUGACGCCGGGCUCCAAGCAGGAUCUCAACAACACCAUCAAGGAGGCCAAGGAAGCGAGCUCGCUAAGGAACCUCGCGCUCGAUCUCGUCUGGGACUGCCUGGACUCGAUGUGCACCCAGCUCUGCGACUCGGGCUACAGGUCGUUCACGAAGCUGGGCCUGGUCUGCACCGAGGAGAGGCUGGUUGCGGAGGUCGCCAGGUGCAGCGACAUGGCUGGGUGGGGUUUGGACGAACUGGCUGUUAAUGAAGUGGAGAAAGCGGUUGAAGCUGGCAUUAAUUCGAUGCAGCAGGAAGCGUUUCAGAUCGGAGCCCAGAUCGAGCAGGAUCUGGUCCAGGAGCUUGUGGACGAGAUCGGGCUUGACUUGUUCAGGGGCGACAGGCGAGGAGAACUAGAGCGCACUGGCGCACUGCUCCCUCAUACCGCUCCGCCUCGUACGGCCACGGGGAAAGGAGGUUGGGGCCUUUGUCUGAGCGGGUGAGAAUAAUCAAUCAAGACGCGCGCCCGCAGCGCGCGCUCCGCGCCGUGCGCCUGCGGUGCCGCGUGCUAGAGAUCAAGACGAGGAAUUCAGGGCGCCUCGCUCGGGAAAGGGAAGAACAAUCAAUGAGCUGGCCGCGUCGUUGGUCUGGACCCUGAGGCCUGAGGGUCUCCCGCACGGGUCAAGACUCACGGUUCAAGACCGGCUGGGCAGAUUCGGUUUCGGUCGUCUCGUUCUCGUGGCAACUGCGUGGAUAGAAAACGACCGACGCCAAUCCGCAGUGGAGGACUGGAACCUAUCAAGCGACCGGCUAUGAAACGAAAACGAAUGCCUUUGUUAUCACAGCUACAAGCACAAGGUUUCUCGCCCGUAGAUAUAAAUAUCUACAAAUGAAUCGCAGAAAAGAAAUUACAAAGUGUGAAACUUGCAGGGGGGGGGGGGGGGAGUCUCGCCUGGUUAGUUUGAUGUAGAACACUCUACCGUGUCGGUCUUGAUGACCCUGGUGUUGUACGAACCACAGAAGCCACAUUUGUGGUAGAGCCAAUGGAACCGUGAUCUGCCUUUUCUCUCA